AUGCGAAGUCGCGACUCAGAGAGCAACGUCUGGCUGAUGGCAGCUGCUCCUAUCGCAGCAAGUGAAGAUUCACCAACAUCAAAGUCUAGUGUUCAGCCGAUAAUCACCCGUUUGUUUCGAUACCAAGCAGGGGACCCCCGCCGUGCUGAAUCCCCGUCCCCUGCACCUAUGAGCAGCCGGACCCUCAAGGUUAUCGAAUUCAGGAAGAGCGAUAAGCCGUAUAGACGAAAGGCAGGACUCGAUACGAGCACGGGAUACGAUGAGAGCUUAUUAAGGGACGGGCCGAUAGAAGGGAUGGACGGGAGCACCUCGGGGUCAGGAGUGUGGUUUGCCAUGAUAGUAGUGAGUGGUGUUGUGAAGGGAGAAUGUCGGCACCAGACCGGCGAGCGAAAGCCGGAGGAACCACCCGCAAUCACGGGAUUGGUCCGGCUCCGGACACCGGCCGGGGCAGCUGGAGCCGAGGUCGGCGGAGAUUCCCCAUUUCAGUCGGUUUCCCCCGACUUCCUCCAUGUCAACAUUCUCGGCUUCCAGACACUCAGGGGUCGUUUCUGCAGGCUCAUGCAAGCCGUUACUUAUUUGCAUCGCUAUGAAUCACUCUGA